AUGCAUAUGCAGCAGCUACGGCCACUGAAACCGGCCAAGCCAUUAUCGAAUGAUGAUGACGCGUCGCCCAAGACCUCGACUUUGUUGUCGCUUUCGAGCUCAGCCUUGAUCCCAAGGGCAAGGCGCCGCGCUCACCAAGCCCAAGCCGGGCAGGUCCCUGCUUGCGAGAUUUGUCGAAAACGCAAGAUCAAGUGCGACCGUGGCCGACCAGAAUGCUUCAAUUGCACCGAAAGGGGCGUGCAGUGCCAGUAUCGCUAUGGCCCGGAACCAGCCGCGAGCCCCUCCCAACUUGAAAGAUUGGCUCGCAUCCUCAAGGAGCCUGGCGCACUCUCCAACCAACUCACGACAUUGCCCUAUCACGAUGCUUUGGUGUUGCUCAACAUGCUCCGUGAGAUGCCACGCGAUCCUCAGCCUGAGCCUGAACCUCAACCUCGGGCGGCAACAUCCUCAUCGCUGUCAUCCCCAUCUCCCUCGCCGCUCUCAUCACCACCCUCCGGGUCCCCUACACCCUCGCUUCCCCAAUACAACAUCGUGGGAAGCCUUUUACCUCCAGUUUCCGCCGGAAUGGAGUUUGAGCUCAUGGUUCGGCACCCAAUUGCUUACCCAGUCUUGCUUCCUGUCACCGUCAGCUCCCUGCCUCUAACGGAGUUGCUUGCCCCUCGGAGAUCCGAAACUUUUGGCAAUUCUCUACUGGAAGAUACCAAGUAUUUACGUCACCAAGAGUUGCCGGCCACGAGCACGAGCAAAGGUGGUACCACUCCAACUAGCUCUUAUGCAGGGCUGUCGCAUCUGACUGAAUCGCACAUCCACCUACUUGACCAAAUCAACAUAUCUUCCUGGACAACUUUGCCCAUUCCUAAUCAAGUAGCAGUCGAAGCGAUUGCCCUCUACCUCAACAACGACUAUCCUGUUCUUCCCCUCUUCGACGCCGACUUGUUCCUCCACGAUCUUGUUCACAACCAGCCAUACUUCUGCUCCAGAUUCCUCGUUGCAGCACUCCUGGCUUGGGCAUGCCAAGCCUACACUCCCAUGCAAGCAGAGGCUGCCCAUUACUCUACGGCCUUUUUUGCCGACGCUCGAGCUCAGUGGAGUCAGUAUGGCCACCGUGAAUCUAUCACUCUGUCCAAUGUGUCUGCCUUGCAACUGCUCUGUAUGACUGCCGUCACCCAUGGAAAAGAUGACCUUGCUUUUCAAUAUCUCCGGAAAGGACUGCAAGUGGCAAAAUCUAUGGGUCUUGUCAACCUGGCAUCUGGAGCAGAGCCAGCGGAUGCGUGGUUCAGCGGCCAUGCGGACUGGACGAGAGCCGCGUCGUAUGUUGCAUGGGGUACCUUCAAUUGGGUCUCAGUGUUCUCGCUCCACUACCACAAGUCUGAGCUUGACUUUCCACCGAGACUUUUCAUGCCAGGAGAUGUUGAAGCUGUCAUCGCCGCGGAAGAAGGUGGCCAAGUCCUGCCGCCCACCAGCGAGGUCUUUAAUGCCACCUGUAAACUCUGGACAAUUUUCACCGCUGUGACCAAGGCUUACUACGGGCAACACGACCACAUCUGGCUUGACCAAAGGAACGCGCUCGACUUUGCAGAAGAUAUCUACCGCCAACUUCUGGCCUGGGCGGACGGACUGCCUCUGAGCCUGGUUCGCUGCGAAGGGAGUAGUCAUGCUGUCUUCAUGUUGCAUACUUAUUACCACGCCAUCAUCACCGAUGUUUUUCGCCCUUUUGUGAACAUGAUGAAUCAUUCCAGGUUGAUGCUGCGCACAUUCGGCACAGAUCGGGCGACACCCAAGGCUGUGUACCACGCCUCAAUCCGUCAAAUGAAACGCCUUUUACUCUCAUACCGACUCGAAUUUAGCUUGGAGGCAUCAUCGGUUCUCUGGCAGACGUGCGUCAUAUAUGUGGUAAAUGCAACAAUACGCGACGCUGAAACCAACCGGGACGAGAUGCUCUUUUUCCUACAUCUAUGCUUGGCCGGUCUGAAAGAACUGUUUAUGUCCUACAGAGUUUUUGGCUCGAUCACCAAGGGAAUACUUGGCAUAGCAAUUCGGGAAAAGGUUCUAAGUCACCAAGAACUUUGCCGCUACCUUGGUAGGCUCAAGACGAUUGGAGAACGUUACAAGGUCAAGGACGACGACAACGAGAUGAGCGGAGUAAUGGCGAAGUGGAUAAUUGAUCUGGACCUUGCACUAACAGAUCCUGAACUCGCCCAAGGUGGUAAGCUUGCAGAGCAGACUGAUCGCAUGAGCGAGGAGUGCCCAUCCUAA